AUGUCUGUUCCUCAGAUACACCUCGAGCAUGCCUUUUUCACCAGUCCAGAAACAGAGGGAUUGCACCUCCUGCAAAGACCUGCGUCCGCCGACGCUCAUGCCCUUCGCCGAACCAAGUACCUCAACCCUGCCUACAUCCGCCACACUGCACGGCCCCGUCUUCGGGUCCAAGCUGGCCCACCCGUCGAGCUCGACUCUACUGUCCCGUCUAGUCACAGCCCUAAUGACAGUCGCAAUCGCAGUCACAGCCACAGCUAUCGCCACAGUAACUCAGACCUCUCCAGCUUCUCCUCGGCGCAGAGCCGUCCUCGCCGACUCACCUGGGUCGAAAGCGAGAGUAUCUGGGUCGUCACCAGCCCAUCUACCGGCUCGCCUACUUCCUCGUCAACAUGGGGCGACGUGAACUGGUCUGCGGCCGCCUACCGCCCCCCUCCACUGCAGCAUUCUCGAUCAAUGGACAUGACUCUUGCCCAUGGCCAGGCCCACUCGCAGCCGGACGACGACGAUCUCCCGCCGCCGUAUGAACGGCAUUACUUUGAUAGACCUCUUCCGCCUCUCCCGCCGGGGGCAGAGAUGGAUUCGUCGGUGGGAGGUAGUGCCUACAGCCAGAGUACAGGUAUAGAUUCGGGUCAUCACACUCGCGCAUCGCGAUGGACGGAGAUUGCGCGGCGAAUGAACCGGACUCCGGUGGGAUGA